AUGUGGACGAAAACGGAAGGACCAUUUUCAUCUGAACCGCUGACUUCAACGACAACAGCGCAGAUGACGUCUACUACGGCAGAGCCUUGGACGACGACAGAGCCCACCAGAGCCUUGGACGACGACAGAGCCCACGUCAACAACCGAAUCGCUGACUUCAACGACAACAGCGUAUACGACGUCUACUACAGCAGAGCCCUGGACGACGACAGAGCCCACGUCAACACCGAAUCGCUGACUUCAACGACAGCAGCGUAUACGACGUCUACUACAGCAGAGCCUUCGACGACGACAGAGCCCACCAGAGCCUUGGACGACGACAGAGCCCACGUCAACAACCGAAUCGCUGACUUCAACGACAACAGAGUAUACGACGUCUACUACAGCAGAGCCUUGGACGACGACAGAGCCCACGUCAACAACCGAAUCGCUGACUUCAACGACAACAGGGUAUACAACGUCUACUACAGGAGAGCCCUGGACGACGACAGCGCCCACGUCAACAGCCGAAUCGCUGACUUCAACGACAACAGGGUUUACAACGUCUUCUACAGGAGAGCCCUGGACGACGACAGCGCCCACGUCAACAGCCGAAUCGCUGACUUCAACGACAACAGGGUUUACAACGUCUUCUACAGGAGAGCCCUGGACGACGACAGAGCCCACGUCAACAGCCGAAUCGCUGACUUCAACGACAACAGGGUAUACGACGUCUUCUACAGGAGAGCCCUGGACGACGACAGCGCCCACGUCACAACCGAAUCGCUGACUUCAACGACAACAGGGUAUACGACGUCUACUACAGGAGAGCCUUGGACGACGACAGAGCCCACGUCAACAGCCGAAUCGCUGACUUCAACGACAACAGGGUAUACGACGUCUACUACAGGAGAGCCUUGGACGACGACAGAGCCCACGUCAACAGCCGAAUCGCUGACUUCAACGACAACAGGGUAUACAACGUCUUCUACAGGAGAGCCCUGGACGACGACAGCGCCCACGUCAACAGCCGAAUUGCUGACUUCAACGACAACAGGGUAUACAACGUCUUCUACAGGAGAGCCCUGGACGACGACAGCGCCCACGUCAACAACCGAAUCGCUGACUUCAACGACAACAGAGUAUACGACGUCUACUACAGCAGAGCCUUGGACGACGACACAGAGCCCACGUCAACAAGCCGAAUCGCUGACUUCAAACGACAACAGAGGGUUUACAUACGACGUCUUCUACAGGAGAGCCCUGGACGACGACAGCGCCCACGUCAACAGCCGAAUUGCUGACUUCAACGACAACAGGGUAUACAACGUCUUCUACAGGAGAGCCCUGGACGACGACAGAGCCCACGUCAACAACCGAAUCGCUGACUUCAACGACAACAGAGUAUACGACGUCUACUACAGCAGAGCCUUGGACGACGACAGAGCCCACGUCAACAACCGAAUCGCUGACUUCAACGACAACAGCGUAUACGACGUCUACUACAGUAGAGCCUUGGACGACGACAGAGCCCACGUCAACAACCGAAUCGCUGACUUCAACGACAACAGAGUAUACGACGUCUACUACAGUAGAGCCUUGGACGACGACAGAGCCCACGUCAACAACCGAAUCGCUGACUUCAACGACAACACAGCGUAUACGACGUCUACUACAGCAGAGCCUUGGACGACGACAGAGCCCACCAGAGCCUUGGACGACGACAGAGCCCACGUCAACAACCGAAUCGCUGACUUCAACGACAACAGCGUAUACGACGUCUACUACAGUAGAGCCUUGGACGACGACAGAGCCCACGUCAACAACCGAAUCGCUGACUUCAACGACAACAGAGUAUACGACGUCUACUACAGUAGAGCCCUGGACGACGACAGAGCCCACGUCAACAAAGCCGAAUCGCUGACUUCAACGACAACAGAGUAUGCGACGUCUACUACAGUAGAGCCUUGGACGACGACAGAGCCCACGUCAACAAACCGAAUCGCUGACUUCAACGACAGCAGCGUAUACGACGUCUACUACAGUAGAGCCUUGGACGACGACAGAGCCCACGUCAACAACCGAAUCGCUGACUUCAACGACAACAGAGUAUGCGACGUCUACUACAGUAGAGCCUUGGACGACGACAGAGCCCACGUCAACAACCGAAUCGCUGACUUCAACGACAGCAGCGUAUACGACGUCUACUACAGCAGAGCCUUGGACGACGACAGAGCCCACGUCAACAACCGAAUCGCUGACUUCAACGACAACAGCGUAUACGACGUCUACUACAGUAGAGCCUUGGACGACGACAGAGCCCACGUCAACAACCGAAUCGCUGACUUCAACGACAGCAGCGUAUACGACGUCUACUACAGCAGAGCCUUGGACGACGACAGAGCCCACGUCAACAACCGAAUCGCUGACUUCAACGACAACAGCGUAUACGACGUCUACUACAGUAGAGCCUUGGACGACGACAGAGCCCACGUCAACAACCGAAUCGCUGACUUCAACGACAACAGCGUAUACGACGUCUACUACAGCAGAGCCUUGGACGACGACAGAGCCCACGUCAACAACCGAAUCGCUGACUUCAACGACAACAGCGUAUACGACGUCUACUACAGCAGAGCCUUGGACGACGACAGAGCCCACGUCAACAACCGAAUCGCUGACUUCAACGACAACAGCGUAUACGACGUCUACUACAGUAGAGCCUUGGACGACGACAGAGCCCACGUCAACAACCGAAUCGCUGACUUCAACGACAACAGAGUAUGCGACGUCUACUACAGUAGAGCCUUGGACGACGACAGAGCCCACGUCAACAACCGAAUCGCUGACUUCAACGACAACAGAGUAUACGACGUCUACUACAGUAGAGCCUUGGACGACGACAGAGCCCACGUCAACAACCGAAUCGCUGACUUCAACGACAGCAGCGUAUACGACGUCUACUACAGCAGAGCCUUGGACGACGACAGAGCCCAACGUCAACAACCGAAUCACUGA